AUGGCCGUCAGUAGGCCACUUCUGUUGUUAUUAUUAUUCGUUGCGGUCGCAUUGGCCGGCAAUCACAAUCGUCAUCACAGAGUGAAAAGAGACAAUGAUCUUCAUGAUUGGCUCACCACUGAACAAAAGGAAUCACUGAAAGACGUUCAACAGGGAACUGAAGAGUUCAAGAAGAAAGUUGGAGAGUUCUACGCGUUGUUGCCAGCUGAGAAAAGAGCAGAAUGGGACAAGUUCUACAAGACACACUGUUUCGAGUGGACUGCCAAGGCUCAGAACGAAGAUGAAGAGACUGAAUUCCAGAAGAAUCUUGCAGCCAAUGAUGUUGAAAAAAUCAGAGAAAGAAUUGGAGAAUUGAAGAAGGACAUGGAUGAGAAGGCAAGAAAGAAUGUUGAGAUGUGGGAAGAGGAUUGUUAUAAACUUGUGAAGCCAAUGAGAAAGAGAAGAGAAAUCGAAGCUGCAUUCCAAGACUUCGUGAAAUGGAUGACUCCAGAACAAGUUGGAGACAUUACUGCACUGAAGGCAGCUGGAAAAGAUAGCGAAGUUCAAGAGAAAGUCAAGGAAUACUUCGGACAACUCCCAGCUGAUCAACAGAAGACGUUGAGGGAAGAAUUCAAAGGAAAGUGCAAAGUAUACUUCACUCCAUUGAUGACUUCUGAGGAACUCGAGAAGAUUGAGACAUUGAAAGGAGACAAGGAAGCUGCUGGAACACUCAUGAAAGGUGUUGUUGAAAGACAAGAAGGAGAUGUCAAGGCUAUUGCUGGAAAGAUGCUCAAUGUUUGUGGAGAAGUCUACAAGGAAUCUAGCCGCAAACGCAGAGAGAUCGAAGCUGCAUUCCAAGACUUCGUGAAAUGGAUGACUCCAGAACAACUCGGAGACAUCACUGCGUUGAAAGCUGCCGGAAAGGAUAGUGAGGUUCAGGAAAAGGUCAAGGAAUACUUUGCCCUUCUUCCAACUGACCAACAAGCAACAUUGAAAGAAGAGUUCAAGGGAAAAUGCAAAGUUUAUUUCACCCCACUUAUGACUUCCGAGGAGCUCGAGAAAAUCAAGACAUUGAAGGGAGAUAAGGAAGCUGCUGGAGCUCUUGUCAAAGCUGUCGUUGAUAGACAAGAAGGAGAAGUCAAGGCUGUUGCAGAGAAGAUGCUCUCAGUUUGCGGUGAGGUCUACAAAGAGUCUUCUCGUAAACGCAGAGAGAUCGAAGCUGCAUUCCAAGAUUUCGUGAAAUGGAUGACUCCAGAACAACUCGGAGAUAUCACUGCUCUCAAGGAAGCCGGAAAAGAUUCUGAAGUUCAAGAUAAAGUGAAAGAAUUCUUCGGACAGCUGCCAGCCGAUCAACAGAAAACUCUGACAGAAGAGUUCAAGGGAAAGUGCAAAAUCUACUUCACUCCACUCAUGACCGCUGAAGAACUUGACAAAAUCAAGACGUUGAAGGACGACAAGGAGGCAGCUGGAGCUCUUGUGAAGGCAGUUGUUGAAAGACAAGAAGGAGAGGUCAAAGUUGUUGCCCAGAAAAUGCUCUCGGUCUGUGGAGAAGUCUACAAAGAGUCCUCUCGUAAACGUCGUGAGAUCGAGCCUGCAUUCCAAGACUUCGUCAAGUGGAUGACUCCAGAACAAAUCGGAGAUAUUACUGCCUUGAAGGCUGCUGGAAAAGAUAGCGAAGUUCAAGAGAAAGUCAAGGAAUACUUCGGACAACUCCCAGCUGAUCAACAGAAGACUUUGAGAGAAGAAUUCAAAGGAAAAUGUAAAGUAUACUUCACUCCAUUGAUGACUUCUGAGGAACUCGAGAAGAUUGAGACAUUGAAAGGAGACAAGGAAGCUGCUGGAACACUCAUGAAAGGUGUUGUUGAAAGACAAGAAGGAGAUGUCAAGGCUAUUGCUGGAAAGAUGCUCAAUGUUUGUGGAGAAGUCUACAAGGAAUCUAGCCGCAAACGCAGAGAGAUCGAAGCUGCAUUCCAAGACUUCGUGAAAUGGAUGACUCCAGAACAACUCGGAGACAUCACUGCGUUGAAAGCUGCCGGAAAGGAUAGUGAGGUUCAGGAAAAGGUCAAGGAAUACUUUGCCCUUCUUCCAACUGAUCAACAGGCUACUUUGAAAGAAGAGUUCAAGGGAAAAUGCAAAGUUUAUUUCACCCCACUUAUGACUUCUGAAGAGCUCGAGAAAAUCAAGACUCUCAAGGCUGACAAGGAAGCUGCUGGAGCCCUUAUGAAGAGUGUUAUUGAUAGACAAGAAGGAGAAGUUAAGGCUGUCGCUGAAAAGAUGCUCGGAGUCUGCGGAGAAGUCUACAAAGAGUCCAGUCGUAAGCGCAGAGAGAUCGAGGAAGCAUUCAAAGACUUCGUCAAGUGGAUGACUCCAGAACAACUCGGUGAAAUCACUGCAUUGAAGGCUGCUGGAAAGGAAGCAUCUGAACUUCAAGCCAAGACAAAGGAGUUCUUCGAACAACUCCCAGCUGAUCAACAGAAGACUUUGAGAGAAGAAUUCAAAGGAAAAUGCAAAGUAUACUUCACUCCAUUGAUGACUGCUGACGAACUCGAGAAGAUCAAGGAGUUGAAGAGCACUGAUAAGGAAGCUGCUGGAGCACUGGUCAAAGGAGUUGUUGACAGACAAAUUGGAGAUGUCAAGGCUAUCUCUGAGAAGAUGCUCUCUGUCUGCGGAGAAGUUUAUAAGGAUACCAGCCGUAAGCGUAGAGAAAUCGAAGCUCCAUUACAAGAUUUUGUGGAAUGGAUGAAUCCAGAACAACUCGGAGAUAUCACUGCAUUGAAGACAGAAGGAAAAGACAGCGAGGUUCUUGAGAAAGUCAAGGAAUAUUUCGGGCAACUCCCAGCUGAUCAACAGAAGACUUUGAGAGAAGAAUUCAAUGAAAAGUGCAAAGAUUACUUCGCCCCAUUGAUGACUUCUGAGGAGCAAAACAAUAUUGGGAAAUAUAAAGGAAACAAGGAUGCUGCCAUAGGUGUUAUUAAAGGAGCUAUUGCCAGACAAACCGGAGAAGUCAAGGCUAUUGCUGAUAAGAUGUUCAUAAUCUGCACAGAAGUGGCCGAGCAGAGAAAGUCAAAGCGUGAUGUUUCUGCCAAGAUCGAGAAGCACUUGAGCUGGUUGCAACCAAAAGAGAAGGAAGAAAUUCUGAAGAUGGUGAAGGACGGAAAGAGCAAAGAUGAGAUCAAGACACGUCUUUUGGAGAUUGUUGAGGCAAAGGAGCAGGAUUCAGAGGAGAAAGCGAAGACUGUGAAAUUGUGUUAUGCAUGGAUGGAUGAUGUUGCAACCAAGGAAGAGAUUGAGAGUCUUCACAAAUUGCAUCAUGUCGACCAUGGAGCAUGCAAGAAGAAGGUCCGUGAAUUCAUCGGAAGACUUCCAGAAGAGAGACAACACGCUGUUGAGGCUUCUUUGCCGUUCUGUGAGAAGCUUUGGUACGGAAACCAUGGAGAUCACUCAGCUCAUGAAGGACACGGAGACCACUCUGGACACGAACAUCAUCACAGAAGAAGACGCCAUUUGGCAGUCAUUGAGAAGUACAUUGAGUGGCUUGAUGAUAAACAAAAGACUGCAAUCGAUGAGUUGGAAUCAUCUGGAGCUGAAUUCAGCACGAUUUCUGAUAAGAUUAAGGAGUUCUUCUACCAACUUCCACAAGAGAAACAGACUGAUGUCAAGGAUAAAUUCCAGCAUCAAUGCAUGAUUUGGGCAAAGGAAGUUUCGAAGCCAUUGGAGUGGGAGGAGAUUAAGAAGUAUCAUGCUGCUGAAGAUCAUACCGCAUUGAAGGCGAAACUCGUCGAGUUGGAAGAGAGACUGACUGAAAACCAGAAGCACACCAUUGAGCAUGUCAGAGGAAUCUGCUACAAACUUUGGGGAAUCAAGCAUGUUUCCAGAAGAGUUCGUGUUCCAAACUCCGAGACUUCAUUCCAAGAGAAAGCUGCAAAGUAUUUGGACUGGAUGAAUGAAGAACAAUUGGAAGAGUUGAAGAGACUGAAGAGUGAAGGAAAGAAAUCAGAAGUGAUGAAGGCUAUCCUCAAGUUCUUCGAUGCCACAACUGGAGAUGUUAAAGAGAAAGCAGAGGGAAAACUGAAGGAAGCUUGCAGAGAGUAUUCAGUGAAGGCAUUCGGUGCUGAGAAGGUCGCCCAAUUCAAGAAAUUGUCAGAUGAGAAAGCUGACAAGUCUGAAAUGGAAAAGUUGGCUAACCAAUAUGUUGAAGAGAUCGAAGAUGAGCAAAAGAAAGAUUUCGCUAAAGCUGUUGUCACGGGAUGCAAACACGUCUAUGCAUCGAGCCGCGCUCGUCGUGAUCUGAUUGCCCAGGAGGUUGCUGAAUAUCUUCAGAAUUAA